UUUUGAGGAAAAGACACCCUCCAAGUUUGGCCUGGUUCUGAGCCAGGAUCCUUUCAGGCGCCUUUUACAGACCAACCACUUGUGUGGCCAGAAUGAGGAAGAUGUGCCCAAGACGUGGUAUGGGGAGAGCAAUGAGCUCAGAGCCCCCUAAGGACUGGUUGAACAGGCUGAAUGUGUGUAUGGAGAGUAGGGGGAAGGGAUAGGGGAGUAACUGCUUUUCCUUCCCCAGUAGAGGAACCCUGGUCCAGUCCCAGCCCAGUCCGGCCUCCUGGAGCCUCCCUGGGGGGCUGGGCUUUAGGAGUCCCUGAAACAGGAGAAAGGGGCUUGGAAGAAUUAGAAGCUUUCUCUCCCAGCUCCCUGCCAGGGCAGGACAGGCAGGCAAGCAGGCAGGCAGGCAGGCAGGCAGCAAGACUGGGAGUGCAGAGGGAGGCCCUGCAGGGAGCAGCUUACAGCCAGCAGAGCCAGAUGUAACAUUGACCUUAAAUGGUAAAAGCUCCCCAGAGUGGAAGAGAGGCUGGCCAGAGGGGGAAAGGGGCUAACUCAGUGUUAGGUAAGUAAGCCGGGAACCCAGAAUAACCUGCUUCCUCCUGCCUCCUCCUGCCUCACACACAGGAGGGAACCAAGCCUGACUCCUUAAAGUCUUCGGAUCCCCAGCUUCUCAGUGCUCCUCCCCCAGGGCUGACAGGCGGCCGAGGGGCUUAGCAGUGCAUGGUCUGGUCAGCCAGCCCUCCAGCCCUGAGGAGGCCAUCAUGCCCAACCUACCUGGAGAUGAAGAGCAGCCAGGAGAGCCACAGCCUGCCCUGAGCCCUGCUAUCGAAGGCCCUCCUGUUGAAGAGAUUGUGUGCCAGCCACCAUCUAUUGUCCUGCCUGGGGAUGAGGAUGCUGUCACGCCAGAUGUGGAGAAUGACAAAAAUCUGGUGAGCAGACCACGCAGCCCUCGUCACUGGCUUUCUAACCGACACAUGAAGGCUUCCCUUACACCUCUGACAUCUGUAGACAGUGCAGGCCACAUCAUCCAUCUGGUGAGUGACCAGCUGCCAGACAUCAAAAUCUCCGAGGAAGAUAAGAAGAGGAACCUCGAGCUUCUUGAGGAGGCCAAGAAAGUGAGUGAGCGUUUCCUGACCAGGAGGGGCAGAAAGUCCAGGAGCAGCCUGCCUGAUUCCCCUUCAGCCAUUUCACCAAACCUCAGUCCUGGAGCUUCUCCUACAGUGUCCCAGAGCAACUCCCUGAGCAGCCCACCUUCACUACCAGGUUCUGAGGUGUGUGCUGCCUCCCUCCCUGGGCCAGGAUCUCCACUACAGAAGGGAGAUGAUCCAUCAUUUCACCUUGACCUACCUAACGCCGCCAAGGGGCUAACGGACCGAAAGCAGAAUGACCAAAGGAAGGUGUCUCAGGGACGACUGGCUCCUCGCUCCCCCGGUGCUGAGAAACCCAAAGAGACAUCAUCUGAACAAAAAGAAAAUUCUGAUCCUCUUAAACACGCAGAGAACAGUACACCCAAGGUUCUGGCUUCUGGCAGUGGUGGAGGGAAAAUGUCCCUCAACAGCCCUACAGGUGCUGGUGAAAAAGAUCCAGGGAAGCAGCUUCUUAAGAAGCCCAAGGAAAGUGACCCCCUCCUGAAAAGCCACAUCCAGGGCCCAGGGCCAACUCCCCAAGGACCCCAGGGAAAAGGCCCAGCCUGGGAGCCACUCAACUCCAAGACCCCCUCCAAAACUGACCUCAAACCUUCUGGAUUCCGACCCCCUCUUCAGCGGGGGGUGUCCUGGGACAGUAGCGCCAUGGAGCUGGGGCCAAAAGACAAGGUCAUUGCCAAGCUGGCAUCUGCAGAGGAAGAGAAACGCUUUCCCAACAAAGCUGGCAACAAACUCCCCAAAUCAUCAGGAUUCAAGGACUUUCAGAUUCAGGUUCAACCUGUGCGAAUGCAGAAACUGACCAAGCUCAGAGAGGUGUGUUCUUUGUGGGAGAAGAGUGGGCUGGCCCUGGGAACAAAGUGGGCUAGCCUUAGGAACAAGGAACACAUCCUGAUGAGGAGUCAGAACUUGGUGGGCCUGAAACUUCCAGAUCUCAGUGAAGCUGUGGAACAAGAGAGAGGGCACCCCUCUGACCUUUCCCCAGGCAUUGAAGAGGAAGAGUCCAAGAGUGUCUGUGACGUCAUGCCCAACAUCUCUGAUGUGCUGCUUCAUAAACUACGAGUUCAUAAGGCCCUCCCUGGCAGUGCUCCUCCACUUACUGAAAAGGAAGUUGAGAAUGUGUUUGUACAACUGUCCUUGGCCUUUCGAAAUGACAGCUACACCCUGGAGUCGAGAAUUAGCCAGGCUGAGAGGGAAAGGAACCUGACGGAAGAGAACACUGAGAAGGAACUGAACAACUUUAAAGCUUCAAUCACGUCCUCAGCAUCCAUCUGGCAGCCCUGUGAACACCGAGAGACCUAUGAGAAACUGCUGGAAGACGUUGCCGUCCUGCAUCGCCUGGCCGCUCGCCUCUCCAGCCGUGCUGAGAUGGUUGGGGCUGUCCGCCAGGAAAAGAGGAUGUCAAAGGCUGCAGAGGUUAUGAUGCAGUAUGUAGAGAAUUUGAAGAGAACAUAUGAGAAGGACCACGCAGAGCUCAUGGAAUUUAAGAAACUAGCAAACCAGAAUUCAAGUCGAAGCUACGGCCCCUCUGAGGAUGGAGUCUCUCGCGCCACCAGGUCCAUGUCCCUCAGUCUGGGAAAGAACAUGCCCCGUCGGAGGGUCAGUGUGGCCGUGGUCCCCAAGUUUAAUGCUCUGAACAUUCCUGGCCAGUCUUCCAGCACAUCACCCAUCCCAUCCUUACCAGCCCUGGCUGAAUCAACAAAUGGGAAAGGAAACCCCUCAGCUUCCCUGGCUCUACCAGCACUAUUAGAGAAUGGGAAGUCCAAUGGGGACCCAGACUGUGAGGGCCCUGCACCCAGCGUUUCACCUGCCCUGACCCAGAGUGCUUUGGAGGAGAUCAGCCAAGAGGUCAAGGCCAAGAUCGAGGAGGAGGCUUAUAAUAAAGGGUAUCAAGAAGGCCUAAAGAAAACCAAAGAGCUUCAGGAACUGAAGGAAGAUGAAGAAGAGAAGGCGAAUGAAAGCCUCGCAGGGCCAGAAAGGGAAGAUGAGGAAAAGGAGCUAAAAAGCAGCAAACUUGAAGCCUUGAUUAAUUUUUUACAAAUACUAUACCCCAAGCUGUGCCAACAUUGGAAUGUGAUUUGGAUGGUGGCAGCGGCCAUUCUCGUUUUCACGGUCGUGUUGGGCCUAUACAACUCCUAUCACUCUUGCACCGAACUGUCGGAGGGGUCAUCUGGAAAAGCCCCUUGCUCUGCCUCCCGGUGGGACUCCUGGUGGAACUCAGGACUACAACAGGAGCAGCCCACAGAGCAAUAGAGAAUGACUGGACACCCAACUGGUGGGUGACCCUGCUCAAACAUGCCUAGCGUGUCACCAUUUUCCAGUUGUUCAAUGCAGUUAGGGACACAGGUGUGUUCAUGAUUCGACAUCCCUGCUACCCCAGUCUGGGAGUGAGAUGGGGUGCUUUUCACUCACCAUGACUGGUGGAAUAUGAAGACCCAAUGAAACUGUCCAGGGGAGAGGUCAAGGUGGAGAGAGAUGUCAGUUUCUCCAAGGAAUUCUGCCUUUGAGAAGAGCCCCUUCACUCAAGUAGCAAUGGGAGAAGGCCAGAAUGCCUUUAUUGAAGAUCCAGUAUGGCGCUGAGUCUUCUCCCCAUUUUCUAGGCUUUCAGUGGUUGCCUAGGGAGACUGUAGCCUAGCAGCCUCAAUGUCGAUGUCAAACCUGGAGGUAGCAGGAAGAGCAUUGGACUGGGAGUCUGGAGACCUGGCCUCUCAUCCCAGCUCUGGUACUAAUCAGCUGCAUGACCUUAAGCAAAUCACCUUCCCUGAGCCGCACGUUCAUUCUCUGUAAAGUGAGAGGGUUGGUUGCUAAGGUACCUCCUAGCUCUGUCAUGCUUUGCUUGCUCUGGCUUCUGGCCUUGGCACUACCCUGCACACUUACCUCCCAUCCCACCUCCCCUUUUUUUCUUCUUCCUAAAGUUGCUUUUCACAAGAGUGGGAAUGGUUUCUCCUGGGAAGUUAUCCAUAUUGUAUUUAUCUCAAAACUUAGAAAGAAAAAGGAAAUCAUGUAUAAAAAUGUUCCUGCAUGCACACCAUCCACACCCACCCACACACACACAGAAAAUUGCAGAUCCACCCCUUUGGAGGGAGUCCUUGCUAAUUCCAUCAUGAACGUCAGUCUUCCGUAGAUAAGUUGCCAAGCGCGCUGCAGUAACCAGUAACCCACUUACUAGGUGAUGUAAACCAGUUUUAUUUUUUUUUCUAAGUAUCAAAAGCCCACUGACUUGCUGAGAAUUUUUCAUCACUGGACACCCCCUAGAGGGCACCCCCUUUAUUUGUGGUUUUUAUUGUACCUUUGAAAAUAACUAACCCACCUCCUUUAGAAGAAAGUCCACAGCAGGGAAUGAGUCACAGGCAGAUUCCUGGCUUGGGGAAACGUGUCUUCAGCUUCACACACUUAAUAUGCACCAUCCCAUGGGCUCUCUUGGAGAAGCACCCCCACCCCAACCCCUAGGAUGUUUUUCAGCAGUGAGCCCACAAGAACCUAAGAGACACCCUCAUUCCUCCCACCUCCCACCUAGGUCCUGCCUACGUGGGCAGGUGUCUCCAGAUCUGGUGGAAGGUAGAGGUACAGCAAUAACCCCUUCCCAGGAUUUUUGUGCCACUUUCCCUGACUCCCAUAACUCCAUCUCCCCUGACUUCAGUCUUGGCAACAGGCCAUACAUGAGAAAAGAAACAUCUCCUUUGGUAAUCUCACUCUGCUUCCUGUGAUGUUUCUCCAUUUCUUCUUGUGUGAAAGGAGACUGAAGACUUCAGAAGCUAGUGUUGUUUCCAAGUUAGAGUAUAGUUUGGUUUGAUAGUUCAGCUUUAACAGGGCCCACCCGUGCCAAGCCCUAUUUAUGCCCUGCCUCAGUUCACCCCCAACUGUUUUCCAUGAGCCAACCUGAAUAAUGGCUGGAAACCAGUUGAAAGAUGAAGCCAAAGGCUGAUGGACCAAGGAUGUACCAAAAGGUCAAAGAGGAUGCAGGACGGAGCAAAGGAACAUGACCAUAAGGCAAAGCCUCCAGGGUUAGAAUCAGUGUGUCCAUGCCUAUCGGAUAGGCAUCAGUGAACUUCCAUGAGCCCUGAGCCCAAACAGGACAAGGCAGGUCUGUGCUGCCUCAGCAUCCCCUUUGGGAGCUCUCACAGAGGCUCUGACAUUGGUCCCUGGAAAGCAGAAAGCUAGAGAAAGAGCUGAAAGAUUCCCGGAUCCAGGCAGCUGCUACACAUGAGGGGCCGUGCUCCUGAGCAUGAGGGCACAAAUAGGUAUUCCCAGCCCCAUCUUUCAACCGGAGCCAGGACCCUCACAGAAGAGAGGGGAAACAGAGAGGGAUUCACCUGGCCCAAAGCCAGGGCCCUCACCAGAGAGAGAAGAGAUGGAUGAGAAGCAAGAUAUUUCCAAAAAGGCUUGAGGGACAUAAUAUAAUGACAGGGAAAAGCCACGAGCAAUGACCCCUGGGUGAGGGUGUUCUGAAAUGUCAGUCUCCAGCCUGAAGAAGUGAAAAUGGGAGAUACCAUAUAGGUAGUCAAGGAGCUGGUAGAAACACUCCUGAGGACAAGAUGGAGGUUGCUCCUAAUAACCAUCAUAGUUGACAUUUCGAUGGCAUCUUCAGAUUGGCAAAGCACUUCACCAGUGUUAGCUCAAAUAAGCCUCAGAACAAACCCUUCAGGCUUUGUUAUCUCCAUUUUCAAGGUGAGGAAACCAGGGCUGGAAGAGGUUCAAUGAAAAAAUGUGUUAAAAAGCAUCCCUUGAUAUUGGAGUUCACUUCAACCGCCCUCCAAAGUACAUGACUUCUCUCCCACAAGAGUGUGACAGAUGAGCAUUAGUCCCUGAGUACCUUCUGCUUUUUCUGUAGCCAUGAACUGGACACACAAAUAGGUGUCCUUAGGCUCUGUGUCUGCUGCGCUGUACCUCGUGGCCACCUGAGUGGGAAAGACUGGUUGGGGGCACUGGCUUGGUGCACCAUGCUAUUUAAAUCCACACAGGUGUGCCAGCCUUUUACUGAAUAGUGUCACAUACUUGAGUUUGAAAAUAAAAGUAGUUCCUGAGGCUCCUC